AUGAAAGAAGUGGGUAAUGGAUAUGUUUGUCCUAACGAUCGUCAACUCCAGUUACGUGCAAAACUCAAUUCUGGCUGGUCCUUUCAUACAUCUCGCACGAAUACAAAUCGUAGUGUUCCCACCGCGAUGAGAUUAAAUAAUCAACAAACAUUUAAAGAUGAAGAAGUAGAAAGAAUCAAAAAAGUAAUCGAACGAGCACAACGAAUAGAUAUGAUCGAGCAGCAACGUGUCGGAAAACUAAUUGAUCGUCUAGAUAAUAUGAAGAAACAUGCAGCUGGAAAUGGAUCUACACAAUGUGUUUUAUGUGCAGAUAGCUUUGGAAUGUUAGGAGCUUCGUCGGUGGCGUGUACUGACUGUCAUAAAAGUGUUUGUAAUAAAUGCAGUAUUGAAACAAUGAACCCAGCAAAUCAACAGACUGUCUCGUUAUGUAAAAUCUGUAGCGAAAAUCGUGAACUAUGGAAAAAAUCUGGCGCUUGGUUUUUUCGUUCCUUACCACCUUAUGUUCUUCCAUCAAGUGUCAAACAGCCUUCUCCAGUAGCAUCAAAUUUCACGAAAAGCGAUCAGAAUUCGUCAGAUGAUGAUAGUAGUUCUGAUGAACAUCAACAUCGUCUGUCCAAUAAUAAAUUUACUCAUCAACAAUCGCCAACUUAUGCUACAACAACUAUGAGUCUGCCUCAACAACAGUCUGAGCAACAUCAACAAUUAGAAAGUGCUUCUUCGAUGCCGACAACAAAUGAGAAUAGUAUGGACUCAUUUAAAUUAGAUGGAGACAGGAGUAAAUUAUCAAUUGACGAUUAUAUUCCAAAAUCACAAACAAAAUCUGCUUUUGUAACAACAACUGUAAAUAGUAAUAAUAAUAUUAGCAGCAAUUCGUCUCCUGUUCUAAAUACAUCGCCAAUUAGUGAAAACUGUGGCUAUGGUUCACUCGAAUUUGAAUUGUUAUAUAAAGAUAGUUUGAACAUCUUAACAAUACGUUUAAUUAGAGGAAAAAAUCUAUCUUCCUGUGAUUCAAAUGGACUCAGUGAUCCAUACGUGAAAAUUCAUUUGGUUCCUGGAGUAGCUAAAGCAACGAAAUUACGGAGUAACACAAUACGUCGUACAUUAAAUCCAGAGUUCGAUGAAACAUUAGUGUAUCAUGGCGUCACAGUUGAGGAUAUGAAAACAAAAACACUCAAAUUAACCGUGCUUGAUGAAGAUUCUAUUGGUGCUGAUUUUAUUGGUGAAUAUCGUUUGAAAUUAUCAUCAAUUAAAACAGAUACGAAAGAAUCAUUUUCUGUUUAUUUGCAUAACAAAACAGAAGAUGCUGAAUUACCUGGUGAUGAAGAUAAAACUGAACGUGGUAAAUUAUUAAUUGGUUUACUGUAUUCUAAAUCGACGAAUGAUUUUCAUGUUAAAUGUAUUCGUGGUAGUCAGUUAUUACCUAUGGAUUUCGGCAAAACUUCAGAUCCAUAUAUCAAAUUAUCGUUAUAUCCAGUACCACCUGAUUCCAAAAUUGGAGAUAAAUGGCAUUUUAAAACAUCUUGCAUUAGAAAAACAUUACAUCCAACUUUUAAUGAAGAAUUUGUUUUUCAUCAAAUACAAUUGAAAGAUUUAAUUAGUAAAACGUUACAAGUCACUGUGUAUGACAAAGAUGUGGGCAAGAAAGAUGACUAUAUAGGUGGAUUUGAACUUGGCCAAAAUGGUUCUGGCGAUGAAUUAGGACAUUGGUUGACAAUGGUUAAAUCACCAAAUCAAUGGACUGAGAUGUGGCAUAAAUUAAAGCCCGAUCAUUUUAAUCAUUCUGACUUAGACUCAUCCAUUGCGUCUAAAUAUAAAUAAUAUACUGAUUUUAUUUUUAUCUUUUUCUUUCCUUGUUACUGUUAUUUAUGUUUAUGAAACUAUUUUCUUUAAGAUUUGUAUACGCAAAAACAAACAAACACCAUGAAACUUGUUCGAUAAUUUUUUCUUAAUCUUCCUUGGCAUUUUGUGCCUUAUUGUUGAUUACAUAAGCGUGUAUAGGUAAACAGGGACAUCGUUUCUGUCUUCCUUGUUUGUUUAUCGAACCCAUUUUCUUUUUUCUUUUUGUGUCGAUAAUCUCAACCAUUUGCUCAUCUAACUUUUUCUUUGAUAAUGUAUAUGUGUCUGUGUUACGUACGUAUCAAAAUCAAAGAACAUAUGUGUGUAUGAGUUUGUUCUGAAAAAAAAUCUGAAACAAACAAAAUAAUUUCAGCAGUGAAAAUCAACAGUGAUUGUAAACAUAAUAUUUUGUUCAUAUUUAUUUUUCUUGUCUUUUUUUUUCUUCUUCUUGUUGUGAAUUUUGUUAUAUGUUUCAUUUUUAUAUCUGUAUAAAAAAAUGAGGUAUUACUUUACAGAUGCUAAAAUAGUUCUAUAGUAUUUUUUGUGUUUCUUCCAAAACAAAUGUGUGUGAAAAUAAUGAUAGUACAGUGCGAAAAAAAAUAAAUAAAAAACUUUUUUGAAUAAAUCAGUUGAAUAUUUUAAUAAUGUCUUAGGAUAGCUACAAGUUUUCUAGGCAGGGAUUUGAUCGGUACUCUGUUUAGUUGCAUAAGAUAAAGAUUCUAUGAGUUGAGAAUCACAAUAGUUUUCACUAUAAUGUCUUCCCAAGAAAGUUAAAAAUUUCUUGAUCAAUUUUGAAUAUGAAAAUUAAUAUAUCCAGUAAGAUUCUAAUAGUUGUCGACGUGUAUUCGAGAUAUCUAAAGAUAAACCUAGUCAAUUAAUGGUUCCGAGCUCGACGAGUGAUCAAUGUAAUUCCUUAUUGUUAUUCUAAGUAUUUGCACUGAUAAUAAUCCAAUUUCGACUUUGCUCAUCUGAGAACGAACUAGCACUAGAGUUAUGCUACACAAUUAUUCAUGCUGAAACUUAAUCAUUGAAGAAAAGUUAGCGUAAUUAAGGCUCCCUCUCAGAAAUGGUGAUUUUCAGUCAAAAAAUCGGUUUUGAGAUACGCACUAGCCUGAAGUGUCUACUUUCAGAAUCUGUAUCGCUUUUGGUUACAAAAGUGGUUUUCCACGGAUUUUGAGUUUAAAAGAGGAAAAGAAACUACAUGGUCUGACAAGCGUCGAUUUUUGAAUCAGAUCUUAAUUUUUUGUCAAACUGAGGAUUUUCAGAAAACCCGGAAGGCGUUUUUGAGUUUUGGAGAUUGGUGGUUGCCUGGAAAACCAACAAAGGUUUAAUUGAAAAAUCGGUGCCGGUCAGUCCAUGUAGUUAGGUGUCUAGUUUAAAAUAAAACAAACCCGGACUCUCCAGCUUUGAAGUAUAUUAAAAACUUCAGAGGUCUUUUUGGAACUUGAUCUCUGGAAAACUCCUGAAUCAUUAGACUUGGAGACAAAAAAUUUUUUUAUUCCGGUAACUCAUUAAACCUAACAUUUAUGGAAACUUCCGUCAAGAUCGGAUGUACGGUGUAGUAGACAAUUUUUGAGGGGGGGGGCUUAAGCUGAAUAUGUCAUUGAAUAAUCAUGUUUAACAUACCAAAAAUUGUGAUUUAGACUGCAGUAACGUGUGAUUUAGUGAAACGAACAAUGAACCAAGAAACUUUAUUCAACACCAUCGAAAAUGCAGAGUACUUCAUACUAGAAAGAUAAUACUCAAAAAACGUUUUUCAAUCUACAAUAUGCAGGUGUUCGCGUUUCCAAUGGGGAAUUGUUUAAAAAAGCCGGAAAGAUUUGUUUAGCAAUAUUAAAGAAAUCAAGAGCUUUUUGUAGUCGAAUUGAAACGUUCAAUCUAUGUUAUUCUGAGUAAUAUUUUCAUGUAAACAAGCAAAUAUUUCAAUAUUUAUUGACAAAUAUCGUUAUUGAUAUGUCAGAGCAAUGUACAAAAAUGCAUAUAGUGAUAUGAACACCUAAACAUCUAGAUGCUGCAUUAUACACGAUAAUAUCAACAGUAGAUGAUCAGAGUAUUAUCAAUCUCAUCGGAAUAGUGUUUUCGUUACCAUUUCUUUUGGUUCUCUGUUCUCAUUUCGCUCGAUUACUGUAACCUAUGAUUGAAUUUAAAAAAUGAUUUGUAAAACACGCAGUUACAAAUUACUUAUAAGGAAAAUGGAAAAAAUAUGAGGUUAAGUUGCUUUUAACGAGAUAAUUGCCAGAUGCAAUUUAUCGUCUAACGAUCAUAGUUUUUAGUACCUCUGAGCACAGCUUAAUUAUGUGAAGAAACAAAAGAUUUCUGAGAUGCUAAGGAGACUUUCAACGUGCUGAGACAUAGUGGUGCCGGUGCUCAUCCGAAAUGCUACUACUAAUAGAUACGUGGCUAUCACUGUAAAGAACAUAUUCUUCAAAUCUGUAGAGAACUCGAACAAUUAAGGCACGUGAGUUCUUCAUUUAUCCCAUAUAAUAUAUAGAAUUAGUCAUGAGUUCUUUCACUUUCCAGGAAAUUUGUAUAAGCUUCAUGAAAAAAUCAAAGAACUCAAUGUAAGUUUUUUUAAAAUAUGCCACUAUUGAAAAUAAUCACUCUUUUUCCUUAUUAUACGUUAUCAGCAGUUAGACAAAUUGCUUCGAAAACAAAUAAAGGGAUGGACACAAUAGAGGACCCGGGUCUUAUAUCGCGUCCUAGCGCUCAUAACUUUGAAGGGGCCCCUUCAAAGUUAUGAGCUGAUAUCCGUAUUUUAUGUUUUUGACAUAACGUAUCCAACAGUUUAAAAACCGUUGUUGGAAGUCUUGGAGUUUUUUAUCUUCGACAGGAACAAUCAUCCAUCAAGUGCAAAAUUGACUCUACCGGCACAAAACUUUAUUAUCGAAUAUAAUCGAAAGACGCGAUCAUGAUACAUAAUUAGUCGCUCCGUUAAAACAUCUUACAAAGGACACCGCCGGAUAAGUAGCGAUAUCUGCCACCCUACGUUUUCAUAUUCUGAAGACAUGGUCAGAUAGAACUCACUCUGGCGAACAUGAAUAUGAUGUCAGAAACGUUCAGAACCACUUA